AUGACUCUUCUUGAUUCAAUUUUCCAUAGACAACUUGUUCCUAGUCCGCUGAAGAGGGGUGAGUGCGAAAAUGACGGAUUAUUAUCGUGUGUUUUCAAAACAAAUCGUGUAGUUGACUAGUACACAAAGCGAACAACUUCCUCUUUGAAUAUUUCAGCUUUUCCUUUUGACUUCGCGUUAAAAACGUUCAGUUGUGUUAGAGAUGAUGAAUAUCUCGUCCAAAGAAGAGAGGUAGGUGUAUGGAAAAAUUACCUCCAUGAUCUAUUUAUUUAGAACUCGUUUUGCUCACCAUAAAACUUUAAAUUUGAUCGUGUGUACAACACAAAAUCAAAAAUAAUCUCUGAGCUUCGCUUUGUUUUGCAAUUGCAGAUCGAUGUACCACCAUUUGCAUGUCGUUUUAGUCGUGGUAAGUUUUCUCCAGCUAAAGACUGUCCGUUUCUUUCGUUUUUGGCUGGCAAUCUGGUAACUCAAACAGCUUAUCAUAUCAAUAUUUUUAAAAUGUAUUUUAUCAUUGCAAGCUGGUCUCGGUGGACAUAUGUUGGGGAUUGCUGAUGAAGAAGGUUGGGUUCAAAUACUGGAUUCAAGGAGAACAUCUCCAAAAUCACUCAUAAAAGGUAUGAGCAUAAAAUUAUCCAUUGCAGAUUCUAUAUGUUCAUUCAUUUCUCUUGAGGACCCAAGACUGGGAAUAAUAUUCAAUUGAAAUUUUUAAAAAUUUCAGAAUGGAAUGCUCAUGAGAAUGCAGUGUUUGAUAUUGCAUGGAUGCACUGGGAGCAAUAUAUGGUAAGAUGUAAAUUGGAGAAAAAUUAUUUCAAAAGCCAUAAGGAGACAUCAGAAGAUUGAACGUCAUUAUUCAUGGGUGUUUCAAAAAAUUAAGUUAGCAAUAUUGGAUCAAUAUCAGUAUCUGGGCAACUGCCCACCUACCCCUCCCCUGACCCAAAAUUAACCCUAACUUGUUAUCAAUUGACUGUUGUUGAGUUAAGGGAGGGGUAGGUGGGCGGUUACCCAGAUACUGAUAUUGAUCUGCAAUAUUUAUUAGCAAAUAAUUUCAUUUCCUCCACUCUGGCAGCUGACUAUUGAACCAAUAGUUAUGGAGAAUUUUUUUUUUGUUUUAAUAAAACUGUUGCUGUUUUAAGGGGGGUUUAGUUUCUAUAGAGACUGUGUUGCUGCAUCAGUGGGGGGUAAUACAAGAUAAUUUGAUUUUUUUAACUGGGUUUAUAAUGUAAAUUGGCCACUGUAAAGAGUUUUUAAAGCUGACAUUUCUUCCCUCUGACCAAGAGCUAAUGCUCCAAAGAAAAAAGCAAAAGCCUUAGAAAUUACUUACGAUGGCCUAUUUAAAUUUUCAACUCAGUUGAUAAAAUCAAAUUAUCCUGUAGCUGUGUUACUUUUGCUUGAUGAUGGAGAUUAUAUUACAGACCUGACAAUUAAUUCUGUGUCCAAUGUUGAAGAUUUCUGUUUUCUUUUUGGUAAAUAAUUCUGCUACUUUACAACUGAUUGAAUAAUUUUUCUUUCACAGAUAUGAAAUUAAAUUAUUGUAAUGAGUGUGCUGAUGAAUUUCAACAGGUUACAGCAUCUGGUGACCAGACAGUGAGACUUUGGGAUGUCAACCGCGAUGACUGCUUGGCAGUGUUCAAGGGGCACACUUGUAGCGUGAAAUCUGUGGACUUCAGAGAAGAUGACAUCUGUAAGUUAUUGUUACUGUAGCAGUCAAUAAACUGGUGGGAUGGUUCAUGCAAGAGUUGUAUUGAAAACAAAUUUAGUGAUAUCCAUUACACAGUGUUCUCCCUUAAUUUAAGCAUGUAAAAGAAAUUUUCAAAUUGGUUGAGCAAACCUACCACCCAUUGAACUUUCAACAUUCCAAGCAAUUUUAGGUGGCAGUAAGAAGUACUACAGGUGUAAAUUUUUACUAGUUACUGCCUGAAUACUGGCAGCAAUAUGCUGAUAUUUGAGCAAUUCAGCAUCGUUUGACGCAAGUGAAGACAUCUAGUCAGGUUCUUGCAAUGUAACUGAUACAGGAUUAUUACACUGUACAACUGACUGUGACUCCAAGAUUUGAGCAAUUAGUCUUGCAAUUUUGCUGUUGAUAGUGAUUGGUUUUUGUUAGAAUCCAAAGAGUAGAAUCUAGCCCACUAUUUUGCCUGUAAAACCAUCUCAGGUCUUCACAGAUAGCUAUCAAAAGUACUAGUAAACUUGUAAAUAGAAUUAACAAAGUCAUUUUUUCCUUCCUCAGUUGUCUUUGCCUCAGGUGCAAGAGACGGCAAUGUGAUGGUAUGGGACAUGAGAUGUAAUCGUCGCUCAGGACACUUCAGUCAACCUGUUAAUAUAAUAAGCAAUGCACAUGCAGAGAAACUCCCUGGGACACCACAAACAAUGAAAAAGAAAUCCAGAAGGUCAACCUCUUCGCGACCAGUUAUGGUAAAGAUGACUUGAUAUAACAGUGGUGUUUGUUGGUCUAUUGUGCAAAGUAGUUGUGUGGACAAACAAAUGGUUUGUCAGUUGUCUCAUUAUCAAGUGCACAUUAAGCAUCAGAGCUUAGAGAAUUCUUACCUAUACCCAUAAUUCUGCAACUAAGUUUGAAGGCCUGAUUUUUUUUUUAAUUCAAGUGUGAAGCUAUUCUGUAGAAUAUUCCACUAUUAUUUCAAACUACCUUCCUGCUUAUAAAUUUCUUAAUUAAAAUCAUGUGCUCACAGAAUUCUGGCCAGCAAAGUGUAACAGCAGUGCUAUUCCAAGGAGGGGAGAAACUCAUAUCAGCUGGAGCAAUGGAUGGUAGUAUCAAGAUCUGGGACCUGCGUAAAACCUAUACCAAUCUCAAAGCAGACCCACUUCCUUUUCACACUUUUCCUUACCCAGAGCAAGGAGUCAGGAGAAAACAUGGUAAGUUGCUUGUAACCAAAAACCAUAGAGCCAUGUUUAGCAUUAAUGUCAUCUCUGCAAGAUACUUUCGCUUUUGCCAAAGAAGUGAAACAUUUGUUGCUUUUGGGGCAAAAGGCCUUUGUCCUUAGUCAUCCACUCAAUCCUUUGUUGCUGUCAGAACAACACCAAAAGUAGUUUAAAUAGAAAUUCUAGAAUCUGUCUUGUGUAGUAAUACUACAUUGUCUAUUAAGUCUGAUUUUUGUCUCCUGUUGCUUUUUUUUUUUUAAAUGGGAAGCAGCUAGCUCGCAAACCUCAUGGUUUCUUCAGCUAGACUCAGUAAUGAUCAGGCUAUGUUUCUUGUUAUUUCACUGUAAGACCAAGUACUCUUUUUGAGAACAGAUGGAGAUUUGUUGUGGUUGUUGUUGACAUGACUCUUUAUUUUCUAGUUAUUUGAUCUAUAACACUUUUAUUUUAAAAGACUGUUAUAAUUCCAGGUUUUUCAUCGCUUGUCUUGGACUCCAACCACUCAUCCUUAUUUGCAAGCUGUACAGAUGACAAAAUCUACAUGUAUAGCUGCACUGCAUUAGGUCAGGAGCCUGUGUGUACUUUCACAGGUCACAAGAACUCCACUUUUUACGUCAAAGUAGCUCUCAGUCUUGAUGACAUGUACUUACUCAGUGGAUCAAGUGACAAUGAUGCCUUCAUAUGGAGGGUGUCAGACCCUACUGCCCCACCCACCCUGCUCAAGGGACACCUUGGAGAGGUGACAAGUGUUGCAUGGUGUCCAUCCGAUCAGGGAAAGGUGUGUAGUUGCUGGACAAUAAAAAAAAUGGAUAAGAAUAUAAUCUAUUUAAAACAUAACAGUAAAGUUAGAAAUUAAAUUUAACAUAAAGGAUUUUUCAAGCAAAUAAGUUGGACAUGAAAUCUGUAGUUGAUAUUUUUGCAAAAUGAGUGUUUAUCUGAAAUUGAGGCCUCCUUUACAUAGAUAGUUAAGGAAUGUAAACCCAACAUUUCUCUUAUUUUGGCUGAAUUUCUUUUCUUUGCCUCCACAGGUUAUAACUUGUUCAGAUGAUAACAGCUUUAGAAUAUGGUAAGUGUCAAGUUCACAGACAAUCUGGAAAUUCAUGCUCACAACAAGCUAAGAGUGGAAAGCACAGUACAACUCCAAUACACUCUUGUUAAGUUUGAACUUUGAUUUAGAAUUUCUUAGAACCAGAAGGUUUUCUCUUGUUUCCCCUCAAGACAAAAACAGAACAAACAACAGAAAAAUUGCCUUAUCCCCAAAGCUAAAAAGUAGCUAUUACACUUUUCUGCAAGAGGAAUGAAAUGUUUAUUUUCAAUUCAUAUUUUGAAACUCAUCUCACUGCAUUACAUGAUCAUUUGAUCCCUGAAUCUAAAGGAGAAUGGAUUGCAGAACAAAUAACAGUGAUAAACAUGAUGUCAUUGGUGAGAGCUGUAGAGGAACUGGCACAGGAUCUCAUUCUCCCAUCAAUGGUAAGGAAAAACAACAAAACUGAAACGUUUAAUGUUGAGUAUGUGACCGCACUAUGUCUUUGGUCUAUAUCAUCCAUUAUAAAUUAAUUCAAAUAGUAUGUGCACUCUGAUUGGCCAUAAAACCAUUUUACAUGAGCGUAUGUAAACACGGUUUUCGUUCCUCUUUCAUUAGUUAUUUUAUAAAAGAAAUGUAAAAUGGUUUCCAUGUUUACAUAGCCUGAUGUAAACACUUGGGAGGUUGGGAGAACACUCGAUAAGCUGGAAACCAUUCUGCUUCGCAUCGUGGUUUCCUACACUUAUCUCGUGUUCUCCCAACCUCCCGUGUGUUUACAUCAGGCUAUGUAAACACGGAAACCAUUUUACAUUUCUUCAUUGCAAAAUGUAGCUUAAUCUUGAAACAGUUUUAUUGAAUUCUUCUCUCACUUUCAUGAUUAUGCACCUUGCAGAAGCUUCAAGUCCAUCAAGAUUUUAUAGAACACCAAGUCCUUCUCCCAACAACAGCCCUGAUUCAAAGAGAUUACUCUGGACCCCACUAUCAAAAGUCAUCACCAAUCCAAGAUUAAAUAAAAUCUCCAGUCCUGUUGGAAAGGUGUCUCCCAAAUUGCAGAGCUCCCAUAAAAUAAGCUCGCAAAAGACACAAAAUCUUCAAAUGCAAUCUUUGUCUCCAAAGCUUUCUACAAGUUUGCAAAACCUGACAACAGGUAUUCUCUAUAACAUUUGUAUUAAAAGUUGCUGCUAGUAUUGCUUACAACAUUUUGAGUCAUUAAUGUGAAGUGAAUCAUAUACAGUUGGGUCUGUACAGAUAAUGGAAAACUUGGAUGGUCAUGGAAAUUUUGGUGUCCUUUUCCAGCUGUAGAGGGUUAUGGAAUUUGAGUGUGGGACAUAGAAAGGCGUGGAAAAUAAAUGAAAAUUGUUUUUCUGACAAAACAAAGCGAGAAAUGCUACCACUGAAUAAUUAUUUUCACAUCAUUUACAAACCAAUAUUACUAUAUUUAGGUCCUUAAAAUAGGUCACCAAAAGUUGAGAAACUUUGAUAUCAUUAUCAUAACACUAACUUUAGAAAAGUUCCAACUCAUAUAUUUUGUCUUAAAAUGGAUUAAAAUGUUGAAAUAACAGUUUUUCAAGGGAGAGAGAAACCAAAGGAACAAGAAUAAAACUGUAUAUGGACCAAGGAGGACAAGAAGGAAACUUAUGCAAAAGAAGAAACUGACAUUAUUAGCCAAACUUUUUGAAAUGUCUUUCACACAUCAUUGUAAUUUCAGUUAUAUCCCAAAACAAUGAAAAUUGAUUGUAUUUUUUCCUCAGGUCCAUCACCUCACAUGGUUCCUAAUAAGAACUCAGAUUCUCAGAUAGUGCCUUCCUCUGUCUCCUUUCCCUCCUCUUCUGGAUCCCAGUCAUCACCCUGCUCCAGCCCUAAGUCACCUGCUGCCUCAAAGUUUCACAGCCCAACUCAAUUGCUGACAUCCUGGUUAAAAUCAAAUUCAAGAAAGCGAUCUCACAGUGACAGUGAUGACCAAUUAAAUCACCAGAUCCAGUCUGUUACAACUCAGAAAUGCUCUGACAUGACACAGAAAGCUGUUAAUUCUUUACAAGAUGUCAAACAACCAAACCAAACUGCCAAAAAUAAAAGACAAGAAUACAGGACUGAAGAUAAAACUGAAAAUACUCAUUUCAAUGGACAAAAGAAUGUUUCAGUGUUGCCUCUCAGGAAAAGAUUAUGCAUCAGUGAUCCCUUAAAUUCAAAUGCAGGCCAUGUGGGAAUUAGAAAUUGGAAUAAAUCAAGUUUAAACCCUGAUAAGGAAAACAAACUAAUUAACAACAGUUCUCCUGGUGAGGCUAAAUUUACCAAACUGGAACUUGAUUUUAAUUGUCACCAAAAAUCAGAAGCAACUUCUGAACAAAAGGUUACUGCGAAAGCUCAUUCUGCAAACUGGCUAACACAGUGGAGCAAUCGUAGUCGAGAAGAGAAUGGUGAGAAGAGUAUUCCACUGCCUGAGAAGGGAGGCGAAAACUUUGUUGAAAACACAGAUUCAAUCAUAACCACAGUUUCUGAUGAAGAAUCACAAGCCUAUGGUUUACAACCACAGGUAAGAUGUUAA